UCAAUGUUCAACCAAUGAUUACAUUCACUUAUUAUAAAUAGCCUACGUAAAGUGAUAAUUUUGGAGGUCAGUGGGGGCUCAUAGGAAUUUACUAUGUGUUAAAAUUACGAUGGCUUAUAAACCUAGAUAUGUUGAUAGUCACUGGAGUUUGGUGGUCGGAAUUUCUUCUUUCCUAGCUCAGAUGAUUCUUGGUGGGUACGUGUUUACAGCUGGAAUUUUCUACACUAUAUUCAAGGAGCAGUUUCCUGAUAAAAACGAGGUGGUUGUAUCAUGGCUGUGUAACUUACCUCUUACACUUUGGUUUCUAACUGGUCCACUGGGAAGUGUACUUACUAACAAGUUUGGGUGUAGAUUGUGUGCUGUGAUAGGUGGACUGUGCUCAUCAGCAGGUUUAGCAUUGUGCUUUCUGUCGACAAAUUUCUACAUGGUGUUUGUUUUGUACGGAAUCGUUGCAGGUAUUGGAAAUGGUGUUCACUACGUUGCUUUUAUCACAGUUAUCAAUAAGUACUUCUUGAAAUAUAGACUUAUAGCUAAUCUGAUAUCGUCAAUAGGUGUUACAACGGGAAUGGCCGUGUAUGCGGCAUUUAUUCCAUCUUUAACAGAAACGUUUGGAUGGAGAGGCUGUUUACUUAUAAUAGGAGGAAUUUCAUUUAACUUAUGUGCUCUUGCUUGUUCUCUAUAUCCGACAGAACCUAAACAAUCUUCAAAACGUGCUAUAGAGCUAUGGUUGUUACAGGACACAUACUUUAUGCUGUUUGCCGCUCAUUGUGUAUUCUGUAAUUUAUCAAGUUCUAUCAUAUUCCUUCAUUUACCUGCACUGAUUUUGUCCUUUGAUCUCAGCAUGACUGUAACCUCCUUAGCUUUGACUGUAUGUGGUCUUGCAAACUGUUUUGGUAAAAUUUGCCAUAGCGUUCUUGGUAUCUUCCGGAAACCGGACACGUGUGUCACAUACACAUUUUCUUUACUUGUUUGUGGUACAGUAAUGAUUCUUUUUCCAUUGAUGCAACAUAAAAUAUGGAUACUUUUCAUGGCUGCCUUGUUGGGAAGUACUUACUGUGUCACCGGUGGCUAUACACCGGAAGUUAUAAUGAACCUUGUAGGAACUGAAAACAUUUCGGAUGGACUUGGUUUUGGACAAGUUGCUAAGGCUACAGGAAGUACGGUCGCAGGUCCGCUUGCUGGUUUACUGUACCAAUGGAGUAGUAGUUACAAAACCUCAUUUUAUAUUGGUGGUAGUGUGAUGAUCUCUGGUUGUAUGUUAAUGAUCCCUGUGAUAGUCAUAUUACGACGGAGGAGAAACAACCAAAAAUUAAGUGUAUACACUGAAGUCGUUUUAAAACCAGAAACUUAGAGCAUGCUUUCCCUUACUACGUAGAAGAAAACGAAUCGAAUAAGUAAUCUUAAAGAUGAAGCAUAACUGUAUUAAUAGUUUAAGACGGAGGCCAGAAAACCAAAAUAACAACUAGUGUAUGAAGUCAUUUUGAAAGUUGAAACCAGAGUUUCUCAUCCCUGUAAUAUUAACUUAAGGACGGAGGAGAGAACCAAAACCAACCAUUUCUAUUACAAUCAACACUGAAACAGAGCAGUCAUGAAACAAUUUUAGACACACCUUGAAAUAUAGCACGGUUGCCAUUUUUCUGGAUUUUAGUCUGUGAUUAUGUUUAGAAGGGCAUUCUAAGAUUGAAGCUUGAGAUUUUGAUAUUGUUUGCAGGCGAUAAAAUAUUAAAAAUAACAAUUGAUCUACGAGUGACAUGCAAUAUAAAUUUUGCAUAUUUCCAUGAGAUGUGUGUACGCUAAUUAGAUUGUUUAAAUAUUACAAUAUAAACAUGA